CUUGAAUUCAUAUAGUUCUUAAUCCUAUUGAUCGUCACGUGAUGAGAAAAAUCAUGUGACCAAACUACGUACGGUCGAAGAGGCGUGAUUUGGAAGACAUGUUUGAUGCAAGUACUCUGAUAUGGCUGGUCAGCUGUAUGCUGCUUCCGGUCAUCAACAGUCUGGACAAUGGCCUUGCACGGACGCCACCCAUGGGCUGGAUGGACUGGGAGAGGUUCCGAUGUAACAUUGACUGCAAGAAUGAUCCGGAUAACUGUAUAGGAGAGAAGCUGUUGAUGGACACUGCUGACCGCAUGGCUGCAGACGGUUACCGUGAUGCGGGAUACCGCUACGUGUCCAUUGAUGACUGCUGGAUGGCCAAGCAGAGAGAUGCUAAUGGUAAACUGCAGGCAGACCCAGAACGUUUCCCAAGAGGGAUGAAAUUCCUGGCAGAUUAUAUGCAUAACAAAAGUCUAUUGUUGGGGAUCUAUGAAGACUUUGGUACACGGACGUGUGGUGGCUACCCCGGCAGUGAGUUCUUUUUGUCAGACGAUGCCCAGACAUUUGCCGACUGGGGUGUCGACAUGUUGAAGCUUGAUGGUUGCAAUGCUGACAAGACUGAUAUGAGCGUUGGUUAUCCAACCAUGGGAUUCUUCUUGAACAAGACAGGCCGACCAAUCUUGUACUCAUGCAGCUGGCCGGCAUACACAGGAUCUGGCGCCAAGACGGACUACAAACUGAUCGCCAAGAGCUGCAACAUGUGGAGGAACUAUGCGGAUGUAGAGGACUCCUGGGCCAGCAUCUAUGGCAUCAUUCAGUACUACGGCAAAAACCCGGAUAACUUUGCCGCUGUUGCAGGCCCUGGCAAUUGGAAUGAUCCUGAUCAGCUGAUUAUCGGGGACUUUGGUCUGAGCUGGGAACAACAAAGGGUUCAGAUGGGGAUGUGGGCCAUCAUGGCUUCCCCACUCUUCAUGUCAGUCGACCUGCGCACCAUCAAACCAGAGUCCCGGGAUCUGCUGCUCAACAAGCGUGUCAUCGCCAUCAACCAGGAUCCCCUCGGUGUCCAGGGCAGCAGGUUAUAUCAGCUUGGAAAAGUUGAAGUGUGGACAAAGCCCUUACAGAAGAAAUCCUACGCCCUGGCAGUUCUCAAUGGAGACAACAAGGGAACACCAACAAAAAUGACAUUGACAUUUGGAGAAACCAGAUUUGACUUCAAUGGUGUCUAUGCUUACAAUGUCACAGAAGCUUUUGAUGGGAAACCUCUUGGAAUAUUUUCAGCUAAAGAAAAACUGCAAGUUACCAUUAAUCCAACUGGAAUUUUCUUAGCUGUGGCCGUUCCGGUGCCUAAGAAAGAUUUGGAACAUCUUUGGAAUAAAUAGUGCUUCACCCAUCGCCUUGUGAGGUGUCAAAUAUCGAACAACUCAUCUGGAGUUAGUUUCUCAUGGUACCAAACUUGUAUUUGAAUCUCCACAGAUAGUUGGUAAUAGGGUUACUAUUGGAGGCAUUUUAUCUCAUCCGACAAUGCCAAGCAGGCUUAUUUGUCCAUCAUCCAGCCAUCAUCUUCUCCUCUGAAACCACUGGACCAAUGAAGAUGAAACUUAAAUGAUGACAUCCUGUUUAGUUCAAGAGGUUUGAACCUGAUUUAUGGCCAUUACUUAGUCAAUUCGGCUCAAAAUGUUAUGAAAGUUGGUGCAUGUGUAGUUAGUAGGGGUCUCAACAUAAAUCUUCCGUUAUUUGCAAUAUUUUUGAUUUUGGUUUGUUUUUACCAUACUGUAUGUUCUCCCAAAAUGAAUAUUUGCCUUUCUAAUCUUCUCUGAAAUUAAGGGCGGUCGGGUAGUCUAGUGGUUAAAGCGUUUGCUCGCCACGCCGAAAACCCGGGUUCAAUUCCAGACAUGGGUACAAUGUGUGAAGCCUAUUUCUGGUGUCCCCUGCCGUGAUAUUGCUGCAAUAUUGCGUAAAGCGGCGUAAAACCAUACUCACUCACUCUCUGAAAUGACCAGACGAAGGGAGCUGAAUUUCUACAUGUAUGUGUCUCCUCAUGAUUUCAUCAUAUCUUUGUUCAAAAUCAUUCGAGUUUAGUAUUUAUGCAGAUUAUCUGGUCCAGAUUUGAUUAUUUUCGGGUCACCAUCAUAUAGCAGGAAUUAAACGAAAAUCAAACUUGUGUAUGAAUAAGUUAAGCCAGUAUAUUUGUUCUGGAAUGAUCAUUAUCUUGUAAAUAUGUUUUCUACUUUCAUCUUAACACUAUAUUUUUAUUCAUUAUAUUAAAAGAAGAGAUGAAAGUUUGCCAGCCAUUAUAACUUGGCCCUUAAGGUGUUUUACAACGCUGUAGCUAAGUGCAUUGUAGACGAUACAAGAAGACGUCACUGAGGAUUGUCCUAGUUACACAAAGCCUCACACGUCCCUCUUUAAGUUUGAAGAUGUUCACAUAUUGUACAAUUAUUUUGUUAACGUGUGUAUUGUGCAGAUCCUAAGUUAUGUGUGUCCAUUUGGUAUUGUUAGUCAUGUAAUUUGACACACAUGAGAUGAUUACUUAACAUGUUAUAUUAUGGUAGUUAUGACAAUCAUAUCUCUCAGAUCUCUUGACCUCCUUUUGGGCUUUGUUCAGAUGAACAUCAAGAUGGUGGAUUUCAUGGCUUUAUGUUGAUGCUAUUUCAUGUGUCGAAAUAUCAUAUUUCUCUUAUUGAGUGAAGGGAGAAAUGGAGAUAUUUUCACUCAUGGCUACACCACUCCUGAAAAUGUUUCCUUUUCCCUCAUCAAAAGAUGUUAGAAACAUGAUGUUUUCUGAGACACAUUGAAUAUCCUAUUUUUUUUAUACUUUUUGUGUAGUUGUUUACCGGAAAAUAAAAUUAUUUCAUUACAAAUAUGAAACCUUCUGUCACACUGAAGUAUAUAAUAAAUGUUGGUAUUUGAUCAAUACAUGGAUGCAAGAUGGUGAUGAAUGUUGUAUCUUCAUCCCAAAGAUGAUUCUUCUCAACUCUUCAAAGAAGCUGCACGCCUAAAAACCUUACUUACACUUGCCUUGCAGAAUUUACACUGUGCACUAACUGAUAUGAAAAGUGCAUCCUCUUUACUGGAUGCUGGUUGAGGGUAUCUUUUACAAAUAAAUCUGAUGAAGAUACUUUUCAUCAUCGUUGUA